AUGCUUCUCAGCAGGGCUACACUGGGCUUGCUCGGUCUGUUCUUCACAGCCGGCUCGAUUGUGCUCAUUUUCCUCACCUUCCUAGGAGGGGUUAACAACCACACGCCCUUGAACCAAAUCUACUUCCUCCAGGCGGAUACGGGCAAUAUUCCCGGAGCCCCGACCACUUCUCGUUGGACCUUCUGGAACGUCUGUGGUGUCGACAACAAUGGCCACAACUUGUGCGGUGCCGUGCACCCGGACUUCCCCUUGGAUCCUCCCAAUUCGAAUAACUUUGGCACCGAGCAAAAUGUGCCCGGCCAAUUCAUCGGAACUAAGCACUACUAUCUCAUGACUCGCUUCAUGUUUCCCUUCAUCCUCAUUGGCCUGUUCUUCACCGUUAUCUCGCUCUUCACCGGCCUGCUGGCCAUGUGCACUCGCAUUGGCAGCUACCUGUCUGGACUCCUCGCGUGGCUCGGUCUUACCUUCCAGACCAUCACCACGAGCUUGAUGACCGCUGCCUAUGUUCAAGGUCGUAAUGCUUUCCAAUCCAACGGUCAGAACGCCAAGGUCGGUGUCAAGGCUUUUGCUUUCAUGUGGACUGCUACAGCCUGCCUCUUCAUCGCCUGCAUGAUGUACUGCGCUGGUGGUGCUGUCGGCCGCAAGGACCGCAGUGGCUACAGUGGGCGCACUGAGCGUCGUCGAGGCUUCUUCUCCGCUCGCUCCAACAGCCUUCGAAGCCAGAAGAAGGAAGAGUCCUCCUUUGCCUAA